AUGGGUUUUCGAUCCAAAUCACACCCCACUCUACGACGACACGUGUCCCUUCCAUUGAAACGCAUGGAAUUGCAUCAGAAACCAGAGGGAAAAAUUGAGCUUGAUCAAUUCGUGGAAAUGGGUUCCACGGUUGCUGAUGAGGGUGCACGGAAGUGGAAAAAGAAGGGUGCUUGGAGAGCCUACACAAGUAGCUUGGGGACACAAAAUGUCAAAGUAUUGAAUUUUCACUUUGGUCAAAAAACAGUUGGGCUUUCACAACAUUUUGGUCCUAGAAGUUGGAUCAGUAGGAUGCCACAACAGUACACUAGUUUGGUUACAUCUCUACAGACAGUUAGAUAUUUAACCUCGUCUAAUGAACAAUCGACAGAGAUCCAACCUGUUUCAAGGUCAGAAGAAGGUUCUGAAGAGAUUAAACCUUCUGGUUUGACAAGCGAACAAAUUCUCAAUUUUAAUGAGGUGGAAUUCCUCCUCACAAACUUAUACGACACAACUUCAAUUGCAGAGCUUGAAUUAAAACUUGAUGGAUUUCACCUGCGUGUAGUGAGGGGUUUGACUGAAAAUACUAAAACCCUUCCUCCUCCAAUUCCUGCUCCAGAAAGUAUAAAUUCUGUCGUCGAAGCACCUGUUUCUACAUCGUCAUCAUUGGCCAUCUUCAAGCCAACACCUUCUUCAGUGUCUAUCCAGGGAUUCCUAGACAAAGCUGCAGAUGAAGGGUUGGUGAUAAUUCAAUCUCCAGCGGUGGGCUUCUUCAGAAGAUCUCGAACCAUAAAGGGAAAACGUACUCCUCCUAGAUGUGAAGAGAUGCAAAUGAUUGAGGAGGGACAAGUGAUAUGUUACCUUGAACAGCUUGGUGGAGAUCUGCCAAUUAAGUCUGAUGUCUCUGGGGAGGUCAUCAAGAUUUUAAGAAAGGAUGGUGAUCCUGUUGGUUAUGGUGACGCACUUAUAGCAGUUUUGCCGUCAUUUCCAGGAAUAAAGAAGCUUCAAUAG